AUGAAUCCUAAGCACGUAAGAGAAGAACGAAACAAACAAGAACGAAUCGAAAGACCACCCGAAGUACAAUGUUCUGAUGCGGAAACUGUGAGGCAACAGUCCGAAGAAAACUCCAUAACAUUGUUUCUGUGUGCUCUUGAAAGACAAACGGAGAUGCUCACGGACGAUGAUGUGAAAGGGAACGAUGUGAUGGGAGAAUGGAGUCGUGAUAUUUCGAUAACAUUUGGCUUGCAAAAUCCGCAACUUGUCAUAAAGAGAUCUCCGAUGGACUGGUCAUGCACACGGAUAAUGCAAGCCAAUGAUCUCUACAAACAAUGGUAUCGAGCAUUUGUUCUACAUGCCGAUUGGGCUAUGGGAAUACCGGACUUUCGAGUACUUUCCUUGGAGGAUCAGGUACAUUUGUAG